AUGGCCUCCAACUCAUCAAAAGAAGCAGAAGAACUCGAAGAUAAACUAAGGAAAAUAGCUCUCUCAGCCUCGGAGAGCGAUGUUAUCGAAUUAGGAGAUGACGAUAUCAAGGCAAGUGCAGGAGAAUGUACGAAGAGUCUCUUCGGCAAGAUAAUUGGGGAAAAGAAGACUAGCCUGGUUGGAAAGGUUUUUAAAAAGAUCAAGAAUGUUGCAGUUGUUAAAGCUGGGGGUGUUAUUGGGAGUUACCUGCGGUUACUGGUUGCUGUCGACGUGAAUGAGCCACUGCCCUGUUGUGUAAACAUGAAACUUCAUAAUCAGCAGGUGAUGGCUACAUUCCACUACGAGAAGCUAGUUAGUCUCUGCUAUUCCUGUGGGAGGCUUGGUCACUUAGACAAGAACUGCCAAACUAGAGCUAGAGCUACUGACAUUGAGAAAGGAGAACUGAAGGAAGGAAACUAUGGGGAAUGGAUGAAGGCGCUAGCAAGUAGACAAAACACUGGAAGUAAUACAACCAACACUCUUGGAGCUAAGGAAUCAGAGAACAACAAUAAAAAUAUGAUGGAGCUGGUUGAGGAUUAUACCCCACUAAACCCCCCAGAUGAUACCUCCAACAAAAAGUCAUCCCCAGGAACCCUCAUUAAACCAAUAUGCAAGGAUCAGGUGGAGGAAGGGCUCAUUAUAAACCAGAGUGCCUCUAAGGAGGUCCUAGCAAGCCCAAUGCCAAUGAUUCCUACUGGCACUAGCCUAGCAUUCUCUGGAAGUCAGAAUGCAUCCAAGCAAAGAAGUUGGAAGAGAAUGCCUACACAGGCAGAAAAGGCAUAA